AUGCCCAUACCACCAACAAAAUACUCAGUUGAAUUACCUAAUACACGAAAACCCGGGCAAACCGGAAUUUAUAGAAAUGUUCUUUACCCUGAUACUUUAACCGUUACUACAAGAAAAGAAGUAACGACAUUAUACGAGAAUUUCCAAGUUGCUCUCAAGGUUUCAAAGGAUAGGAAUUGUAUCGGUCAUCGUCCUUACAACAAACAAACUGGACAAUAUGGCUCAUAUCAAUGGCAAACUUAUAAACAAGUUGCUGACCGUAUUGAAAAUUUUGGAUCAGGAAUUUUGCAUUUAAACGAAAAUGUGAUAAAGAAUCCUAAAUUCGAUCAAUGGGCAGUUGGAAUUUAUGCUAAUAAUAGACCUGAAUGGUUUAUUACUGAUCAGGCCAAUUGCGCAUAUAAUCUUAUUACAGUCGCGUUGUAUGAUACUUUGGGACCAGAUACUGUGGAAUAUGUUAUAAACCAUGCUGAAAUUUCAAUCGCUGUUGUUGGUGUCAAUCGAAUUCCUGGAUUAAUUCAAUUGACUUCUAAGAUACCAAAUUUGAAAGUUAUCAUCUCAAUGGACGAAUUAGAUGAUGAUCUUCCAAUACCUAUUGGAGGUACUACGUCAGGAAAAGUGUUAAAGGCUUGGGCAGAAGACAAGGGUCUUACGCUAUUAAGUUUUAGUGAAGUAGAAAAGUUGGGAAAGAAUAAUCCUCGAAAGCAUAACCCACCUUCUCCAAAUAAUAUCGCUUGUAUUUGUUAUACUUCGGGCACUACUGGAGUUCCAAAGGGUGCUCUACUUACACACGCGAAUUUCAUAGCAGCAUCUUCUUCAAUAACCCAAAUUUUCGAAGGUGGUCAAGAUGAUGUUCUUAUAUCAUAUUUGCCUCUGGCUCAUAUUUUUGGUCGUACUGUGGAAACAACUGCAGUGGGAUAUGGUUGCAGUAUUGGAUAUUUCCAUGGAGAUAUUCUUUCGCUUAUCGAUGAUCUUGCUGAACUUAAACCUACAUUAUUCCCAUCUGUUCCAAGGUUGCUUACACGUAUUUAUGCCAAGCUUCAACAAGCUACAGUUGAAGCUCCAGGAAUUAAAGGUGCAUUAUCAAGGAAAGCAGUAGCUGCUAAACUCGAAAGACUAGAAGGAGGACAAGGAUAUACGCACCCACUAUGGGAUCGAUUGAUAUUUAACAAAAUUAAACAAGUGCUAGGAGGGCGUGUGCGUUUAGUUAUAACGGGUUCUGCCCCUAUAGAUGCUUCGGUAUUACAAUUUUUGAGAAUUGCUUUUGCAACUGAAAUUAUUGAAGGUUAUGGACAGACUGAAGGUGUUGCAAAUGCGACAAUUGGUUUUCCAGGUGAAAACAAGGCCGGUCAUGUUGGUGGCCCACAACCAUGUUGUGAAAUUAAGCUUGUGGAUGUACCUGAAAUGAAGUAUUUAUCAACUGACAAACCAUAUCCUCGUGGUGAAUUUUGUUAUCGUGGAAAAAAUUGUUUUAUUGGUUUUUAUAAGGAUGAAGAAAAAACGAGAGAGUCUAUUGAUUCUGACGGAUGGGUUCACAGUGGUGACAUAUCUUAUAUUGAUGAUCGUGGAGCAAUCACCAUCAUAGAUCGUAAAAAAAAUAUAUUCAAGCUUUCUCAAGGAGAAUACGUUGCACCCGAAAAAAUUGAAAAUGUUUACCUUAAUUCCAAAUUUGUACUACAAUUAUUUGUGCAUGGAGAUUCUCUUCGUAAUUUCCUUGUAGCGAUUGUGGUACCAGAUCCGGAAACUUUCGUACCUUGGGCAAAUGUGAUAACAGGAAAAAAUAUUUCAUUGGGAGAUGAAGAUGGAUUGAAAGUUUUAAUUAAUGAUCCAAAAGUUUGUAAAGAAUUUUUAAAAGAAAUGGAUAAUACUGGUAAACGUGCUAAACUCAGAGGAUUAAAACUUAAACGUCAUGAAGCUCAAACAGUUUUUCGUAAAGUAAUUGAUGAUUUAUACAUUAAGGCUGAAUCUAAUACUUCCAACACCAAAGCUAAAUUGUAA